GAAAAGUAUUACCUGUUUAUGAUGUAUUGUGAUACUUGUUGGAACCUUAUCAAAUAUUAUGCGCAAAUGAUGUUAAUGUUAAACUAUGUCAACCUUCGAUUUUUCUCGUGCGGACAUAUCAGAUGAAACACUCAGUAACUCCAUGUCACAGUCCAUGUGGAGCCUGUAUACAAGUGGUCAUCAUAAACUGGUGGAAAAAAGAAGGAACGUUCUGAACAAACGUCAACAUGGAGGUUUCAGAAUCGAUAUGAUAUAAAAGUCGGUUGGAAAAGAAAAAAAACAGAGGGAGAGCAAAAUGGGCAACUCAUGUAGCAGUGGACAAGCUCACAAAGACAAGGACAGCAUGUCUCAAAGAUCUGAGGAGUCGGGCAGCUACCAGAUCCGGACCAGCCUGCCUUCAGAGAAGCAGCAGACCCUUCUCAACCACAUCACCCCCCAUUCGGGGGUGAUCCUGGAGCCAGGCACAGCUGGGGGUAAGCCCCAACUGCCGGGGGCUACGUCGGCCAGUACGGCGAGUACUCUGGAAAAAAAGCCCAGUUUGACCAAAGCGUUGAAGGGCACUGGACUGUCGGGGAUAGCUAGCGUUUCAGAUUCAGUUUCUUUGAGUUCGCCUCCAGGCAAUCACAGCCCCAAAGAAUACGAAAAACUAUUCGAUGACGACCUGCCUAAAGAAGUCGGCAAUCUGUCAGAUAACCUCCAACAUCUGAUAAUGGGAAGAAUCUCCCAAGCCAAAACAGCGCUGAGGAGUAGAAAAAUCGUCAUAUACAUAUGUGCGGCAGACUCUCAAGACUGCAAUGUUGAAAAGGGAGCUUUGCAUAACACCAUCUAUCCAGAGCUGAGAGCCAGCUGUAGGUCCAUGGGUUACGAGUUACACAUCGUCGAUCUGCACUGGAAAACUUUACUGGAAAAGCAACAAGACCACGAAUUCCCAGAGCUGUGUAUCGGCGAGCUCACCAGGCAAAUGGAAGUGGCCUAUAUCAUACCGGUUCUAUUUCUGAACAACUCUCUAGGCACUCAACUCCUUCCCAUCACCAUAGAAAGUGCUGACUUCAAGAUGGCGAUGGAAAGUGCCGAAAAUCAGUCAGCUCAAGGACUUCUCUCCAAAUGGUAUAUGUUAGAUAGUGAUGCCCAGCCACCUUGUUAUAGGCUGAGGCCAAUUUCUUGUCACAUUCCAGGUUUCAAAGAAACUUCCUUGCAAGACAGGGAAAAAGCAUUUGCCGAAUGGGCCAUUGAAAUAGACAAAAUGUUGGCAGUACUGAUUACCGUGUUUUCACAAGAGCUGAGAGAUACUUAUUUGACCACAGUAGUAGAACAGGAAGUCCAUAACACAGUGUUUAUGAGCCAAGAAUUAGCUAAACGCUGCAUUUGGUUGAACAGGGUUUUUACUCCAACUGCAAAGACUCCAGAUAAUAUGACUCCUGGAGAGGCAGAGGCACAUAGAAGACUGACUAUUUUACAAAAGGACUUAAAGAACCAAUUGACUGAAAAACACAUAGUAAGAAUUCCAGUGAAGUAUGUGGAAGGUGGAUUGAACCCUGAUAUCCCAGAGCACGAAGACUAUAUAGCCACUGUCAAUCACCACAUCAAAAAACACUUGAGCGAGAUGAUAGCCGCUAUCAUAGAAGAACACCAGAACAAAACCAUGUUGAAACCUAGUCACGGAAUAGAAUCUAGCCUAUUCGAAGAACUGAACCAACAGACAAAUUUUUGCCAAAAAGCAGCUCAAUGUAGUAUCAACAAGGAAAAAACUAUCAACGAUAUCAAAACGUAUAUUCUUGGGGACAAUAACUCGCCCCUAGUUGUGUAUGGUCCUGGUGGCUGUGGAAAAACCACCUUGUUAGCGAGGGUAGCACAAUGCUGCCAACAAUGGUUGCCUGAGGCUUUCUCCAUCAUCAGAUUCAUAGGAAUCAGUGCACAAUCAGGCACCGUCGAACAGCUUCUCAGUUCAAUUACAAACCAAUGUUCGAUUCUCAAAUUUGGACAUAAAUGUUACUGUUCUCACAACAUCGAGACUUAUCAAAAGGCUUUGCCAAGUCUUCUCAGUUCAAGUUCCCUUCAAAGGCAAUUGAUAAUCAUCCUGGAUGGUCUAGACCAAGUUCGACCUUACAGUUCGAGGAACAUAGAAUGGUUGCCAAUUUUUCUACCCGAAAACAUCAAGCUAAUUAUUUCCGUGUCAGAACCCAGCGAGAUGUACUCGAAGAUAAGCGAAAAGCUGAACGAGGACAAUUUCAUCAAGAUGCCGCUGUUAGAACAGUCGGAAGCCAAGGGUAUCUUGAUGUCUAGUGUGAUGCAGUACAACCAUAGUGUUAGUUCGAAUAUACAAGAUUGCGUGUUGAAGUCUGCACAAGAGUGUACCAUACCGUUAUACUCCAAGGUUCUAGCUUGGCAAACCUCUUGGUGGGUUGACAAAGAACAUGACAUUGUACCAAAAGGGAACGUGACUGAUCAGAUCAAUUUGAUGCUAGAUGAAUUGGAGUCCAUUAUUGGUAUUCCUCAAGUUCAGCAUGCCCUGGCGAUUCUGGUCAAUACCAAACAUGGUAUCACCGAUUCCGAGAUGAUAGACCUCUUAGCGUUCGAUGAGAGUUUUCAUACAAGCACGACUUACGUGAGUUGGGCUCCAGCAUGUUUGACUUGGUCGAGGUUAAAUAAGCAUCUGGCACCUUUCAUGCACUGGACUUUAACUGGUGGCGUUUUAGGAGUUCAAUGGAAAGACAACGUCCUGAAGCAAGCAGCUGCUGAUAGGUACAAGGACCAGAAGAGAUGGGCCAACCAGAUGCUCUUCGAUUACUACGAUGGUAAAUGGUGGGAAAGCAAACCUUCCAACCUUCAAGCUCGUAUAGUCCACCAAGAUAAUGUUUUGGGAAAAUGUUAUAAUCGAAGAAAGCUAGAUGAACUACCAUUCCAGCAUUACCAGCUCCAUUCAGACUUAGAAGAUUCAAAAUAUCUCUCGGAUAUGUCCUGGAUAUAUGACAAAAUCUGUGGUUCCAACUGCUACCAAAUACUUGAGGAUAUCAACCUCCAUUCGCGAAUCAAAAACGAAUUCACCCUAAUUCUUAAAGACUUCGUUGAAACGCAUGCUAGUGUACUCAACUAUGACGGAAGACAAUUCUAUUCGCAUUUGUAUAAAUAUUUGAGUGACAAAAUUAGUGAAGGUGAACUCAGCAUUGGAAAUAAUGACUCUAAACUGUCUUUAGUGUAUAGUAUAACGAAAAAUCCUCCUGUGUUAUCUCUCAUUCCUAUCGGUAGUAUUGACAUAGAAAAGAAAGAAGAGUUUCCUGAAGAUGUUAAGGAAGAUAGGGCCUUCGACGUUGUGGUGAGACUUCCUAAAACUGACCAAUUCAUUGUUACAGUUUCAACGCAGAAAGGGGAGCUAUGUGUUUGGGACAUAAUAAAUUGUCAGGCGAUAAGGAUACUUCGAGGCAUACCUAACCCUAUAAACCUGAUCCCUAUAGACGAAUUCAAGUGUAUCAUCUUAUGCAGAAGAGAAUUAAGGACGUUCGACUUGAAUACCGGUAGUUUUUUGACGAAACUCAAAGGAGUGAUGAACCAAAAGAUGCCGUUCUAUGGACUGCACGACCAAUCCCAUCUAGUAGCGCUAAGCAGAAACCGAAUGUACAUAAAUCUUAUGAAUUUAGAAACAGGUAAUUGCGUCACUACAUUCAAAGCUGGAGAAGACAGGUUCCUCAACUCCUUGCUCGUUUCGGGAGAUGGAAGAAUCCUUGUAUGUGGUGAUGAAACUCAGAAGCCUUUUCCUCUACUUGUAUGGAACUUACAAAAUAGAAAAUUAUUGUACGACCUUAGAAUUCCCCAUCAUCACUUUAUCACAGCAUUAUCAGCCAUUACUAAUGAAGGUAACUACGUGUGCUGCGUUUGUUACGAGAUAGCAGAACCCGACCCGAAUUUCAUUGUUGUUUAUGAUUUGCAAAGUGGCACGUUAUUCAAAAAAUGGAAGCCAUCUUGCAAUACGGUUUCCUUAGAAAUAAGCUCACAAGGUGGCUGUGUCAUAUCAGGUCUCGAAGAUGCCAGGUUACUUGUCUGGGACCUCGUUACUGGUAACUGCCGUUGGUCACUCAGUGGUCACACUGCGCCAGUAUCUUAUUUGAUGUUAGAUCCCACAGGGACACUUUGUCUUUCUAGAGAUUCAGAGUGUAGGGAUAGGUCAAUUCGUAUUUGGGAUUUAGAAAAAGGUGAUUUGGUUGCUGUAUAUACUCCCGAAACCAAGAUCACUUCUUGUACGAUAACUUCGAAUGGUCGAAUGAUCGUCCUAGCUUUAGACGGGUGCAAAUCGUUAGUUACUCUACAACUCAAGGGUCCCAAUAUCUCCGAGGUUUCUGCCAGUGAAAUUUAUGGAGACGAAGGGAACACUGGAAAAGUGUUCGAUUUGCAGGACUGUUGCUGACCAGGCUAAAAUAAUCACAGUACAUUGAUCCUAACAAGUAGCGGCAAACUCAAAUAUAACCUACCCUUUGCCUUUCAACAGUUGAUAAACAUUAGCCCCAGUAACUGUGAAAACUACUCGCUACUUGCUAAGAUUUUUGUACAGUGAAUUAUAUUUGUGAGUGGAGAACCUAUUCAUAAAUUUUGUCCAUACAACGGCCUGUGUGUUGAGACAUCAGUGAGGAAAAUCAUCUGAUAGUUACAUAGGCCGAGUUAAAAUUAUCAGUUACUAAUCAAUUCGUUAGUGUGAUCUGUGCUGGUUUCAGGUCCAGUAGAUUUAAAUAAAUACCUAUACAUAUAUAUAUUUACUCCUCCAGUGGCAGGAAUUAACUAAUAUUGUCUCGAGAGAAAAUACAAAAUAUCUGUGCUGGUUUCAGAUGAAAUUUAUUUUCCAACAUACAAUAUAUAUAUAUCUAAUAUAAGACGAGCAGCUUGAAUGAAAUGGUGUUUUCUCGUUUCAACUCCAUUUUAUAAUAUAGGAAAUACCGAAAUAUCGAAAAUUAUCUUGGUGAGAGCGGUAGUUCCGGAGCAACUUUGUAUUUUCAAAUGGAACAUCCUGUAUACUUUCACAUAAUUCAUGU